AUGGUUGUUAAAGACCUUCAGCCCUUUUCUGUAGUCGAAGACACGGGCUUUAAAGAUCUGCUCACUUACUUAGAACCAGGCUAUAAAAUACCUUCAAGGUACAUAUUAAGCAAUACUUUGCUGGAUGCACAUUACUCAGACGCUCAGAAACGUUUAAAGGAAGAAUUGCAAAGUGUAAAACAUAUCUCGAUUACUACCGAUGGUUGGACUUCAAGAGCCACAACUUCUUACCAAGCCGUUACGGCCCAUUAUUUAUUAAAUUGGGAACUAAAAUCAGCUUUAUUAGGAUGUUUUGAGUGCCAUGAGCGACAUACGGCUGAAUACAUAAAAAAUGAGUUGUGUAAUUUAUUGUCCUAUUGGGAAAUACAAAGUAAAAUAUUUGUCAGCGUUACAGACAAUGCAGCUAAUAUGAAAGCGGCUAUACGGUUAGCGAAAAUCGAACAUUUGCCGUGUGUCGCUCAUACACUCAAUUUGGUUGUGCGUGCGGGACUACAAGAUUCCGAAAUCGAGAGACUGAUUAAAAAAAUUAAAGCAAUUGUGGAGCAUUUUCACAGAAGUCCAGUGGCUACCAAAAAACUGAUUACAAUACAGGAGCAAAUGAGACCUAACCAAACGCUAUUGAAAUUGAAAAUGGACGUGGUCACCAGGUGGAAUAGCGCCUUGGACAUGAUUGAGCGGAUCUGUUUACUUCAGGAGCCUUUAGAAGCGGCUCUUGGAAUCCUCCACAGCCCGGUAGAAAACCUCUCGGAAAGUGAAUGGAAAUCACUUCCAGACAUUAUAAAAAUUUUGAAGCCAUUUAAGCAACUCACUGAAGAAAUUUCUUCGGAAAACAAAGUAACAGUAUCAAUAGUUUUAGCUGCUACUGAAGGUAUUAUAAGAACUUCCGACCAUUUAAAUACAGUUAUUCUUACAGAAAUUGCAAAGAAGCUAUUAAGCAAAGUAAUAAUGGAGUUCAAAAUGAGAUUCAAAAAUUGUCAUAGACAUCCACUACUAUCCAAAGCAGCGUUGUUAGAUCCGCGCUUCAAGAAGCUAGCAUUUACAUUUGAUUUAUCAAGUUAUGAGUCUGCUAAAGAUGCUCUAAAAACUGAGCUUGAAUGUAAUUUUAAUUUUCAUAAAGAGCAGUCAGGGAAUAUAAACAAACCCACCUCUGCAAUAGACACCGAUGGCCUUAGUGAUGUUGAAGGUUCAAUUUGGAAAGAUUUUGACGCUAUGGCAGAGUCGAACUCUGUUUAG